UUUUUGUUUUGUGUCGUUUUUCGUUUCUCGCCUUCUACGCCUUCCCACCUGUCUCUCUCGCAGCUACAGCUGUGUGCGUGUGUUUGUAUGUGUACUUCGUGUCUGUGCCAGUGUGUCUGUGAGUGGGGCGCGCGCGCGCUUUACCAGAAACGUCGACGUCAACGUCGCCAUCGUCGUUGUCGUUGUUGAGCAUCGAAAACGACAACAGUCAAGCUGCAGUCGCGUCGCAGUCGCCGCCUGCAACGUUUGUUUGCGCCUAAUAAACACUCGGCAGUGCUUUUUGUGCUGACUUUAGAUUUUAGUUUUGCUGAUACCGUAAGAGAUAAAUGACGUGCCGCGGCUGACAGCAGCAGCAAAAAGCAGAAAAGCGACAAAAGCGCUUAAAGCAAAACAACAUACAAUAUAACAAAAAUAAAUACGUAGCUAUAGAAGCUAGCUAAAUAUAUUAAAUAUACAUAUAUAUGUACCAAUAAUAUAUAAUAGUUGUUGCCUUUACAUUAACGUAACGUAACGUUUCCGCAUUGCACGUUGCGCGUUGCACGUAGCGCGUAGAAGUUUUCAUGGCCUGCCACAAAAAUGUGUUCAAGUGCAGCAGGCGGCGCCGGCAGCAUAAUUAAGUGCAACAAAACAAAAGAAUUACCUCAAAAGUCGCAGUCACGUAACAUGUGCAGCAACGUAACGCCAAACGCAACGUAAACGUAGACGUAGACGUAGAACGGUGUUGUGUCUGUGUGUGUUCGGAAGUGUGUUUGUGUGUGAAACGUAACGACGUAACGAGAAACUGCUAAAAUGAUAAUGGUGCAACAUUUGGUGGCCGCCACGGCGCACAAUUUUGCGACGGCGGCACUCUCCAAUGUCUCCUCCUCCUCCUCAUCUUCGUUGUCCAGCUCAUCGUCCAUCUCCAGUUCGAGUUCCAGCUCAUCAUCAUCGUCAUCAUCGCUGUUGUCGCUGUCAUCUGCCUGCUCCACAUCGUCGGUGUCGCCAGCGGCAUCGCCAACAGCGGCAGCUGAGUGUGCCACGCCCACGCCAACAUCGACGCCUUCGCCCGUGGCAUCGCCCACAUCGCCAGCCAGCGUCAAGGAGACGCAGCAGCAGCUGGAAACCGAAACAGAAACAGAAACAGCUAUCGAAGCGGGAGCAACAGCAAUCGAAGAAGCAGCAACAGUAAACGAAGCAGCAACAGCAAUCGAAGGUGCCAUAGAUGAAGUCAAGCAGACAGCAGAUGAGCGAGAAAGUUCCAGACCUGCAGCAAGUUCAAGUCCAGUGCAAUCCUUAAACCAACUGGAAGCCAGCAAGGAGCCAGCUGAGCAGCCCGCCACAGUAGUUGAGCAGCCAGAAGCUGAGCUGGAAUCGCAGGAGGAGGAAACCGAAGCAGAAGCCACAGAUUGUCGCGAGUUCAAAGUGCUCUACAAUCAUCUGAGGCAGCAGCAACAUCAGCAACAGCAACAGCAGCAACAUCAAUCCGAGCCAGACAAGACGCGCAGCACCCUCGACGAUGUGUCAAAGAUACUUUGGGAGCGCAAGCAGCAGCUGCAACGCAGCAGCGUCAUCACCAGCAGCAACGAGUUGCAAGUGCAGCAUCAGCUGCAACUGCAACAGCAACAAAUGAGCGACAUCGAGGACAUUGAGGAGGAGACAACGCUCGAGGAGGAUGCCGAUGCGGACAUUGAGGCGGAUGCAGAUGACGAGGAGCUGCUGGAAUUGCAAUACCAAGAUGGCUAUGACUCACCCCUCGAUCUCUCGCUGAGCAGUGCAAACACAGCAGCAGCCAAUGCAGCUGCUGCCAUUGCAACAGCAACACAAGCAACCACAACGCAUCAAGGCAUCUGCAGCAGCAGUCGGCGACGUGGACGCACCUACUCCGGCACCGAGUCCGAUGAGGAUGCAGCGACGCAUUGCGAGCGCACAAGGAUGCGCCUGAAGCCGGCAGAACGUUCCGCCGCCUACAAGAAGAGCUUGAUGAAGCGCUACUAUACUGAAAUUCCUAUUGUCAAACAAUCAACCAGUCCGUCACCUCAUCAGCAGCAGCAGCAACAUCAGCAACAGCAGCAGCAACAACAUCAACAACACCAGCAACAUCAACAGCAACAGCACCUGCAGCAGAAUCAACAACAACAGUCUUUUGGUGGGGCAACAACAUUGUUGCACAUCAAGACCGAACAGAAUACGCUCUUAACUCCGCUGCAGCAACAACAACAACACAGCUUACACAGCAACAACAAUGGGCAUCCACAGCAGCAGCAGCAACAGCAACAACAACAGCAGCAACAACCUUUGGCCAUUCCACAUCGGCCAUUGCUGCACAAUCUGCUCAGCGGCGGUGCAAUUCACAAUCCACAUCACAGAAAUUACACGACGGCCACAACAGGUUCAUUUCCGCCCAGUCCGGCGGAUAGCGGUGUGUCCGACGUGGACAGCUCCAGUUCCGGCGGCCAGCCAUGCGCAGAUGAGUUGAAGGCGCGCCUUGGGGGCAUGCCCCCAGCGGCAGCAACAUCAGCGGCAGCAGCAUCGGCAACAUCAUCGGCGUCCGCAGUCGCUGCAGCAGCAGCGGCAGCCACCCACUCAGUGGCAGCGGCGGCGGCGGCUGCAGCAGCGGCACACCUGCAUACGGGCACAUUUCUGCAUCCGAAUUUAUACCAGAACAAUGCGGCGAAUUUGCGGAAUAUAUGGAGUCGCAGUGUUGGGGUGCCCGAUAAUUAUUAUGGCAGCAGUGGGUCGAAUGGCGGCGUCGGCGGCGUCAAUCCAGGAACGCCGGGAGCCGGUCCGAAUUAUCUGACAACGUCCUACUUCAAUGCGCCAACGGCAGCGGCGUCGCAGCGCAACACAAAUGGCAACGCCUUUGCCACACAUCAGCAUCAUUCCCUGCAACAUCAGCAGCAGCAGCAGCAGCAACAACAGUCGCCACAUGCAACGCAGCAGCAACUGUCGCAGCAUCACCAGCAGCAAUUGCAUCACCAGCAACAGCAGCAGCAACAGCAACAACAACAACAGCAGCAGCAGCAACAACAGCACACGCAAUCACAACUAUCGGCGACGCAUCCACAUCAGCAGCUGCACAGCGCAGCAGCACAGCACACGCAUUCCACUAUUGCCAAUGCGGCGGCAGCAGCGGCGGCGGCAGCGGCCGCAGCAUCGGUUGUGAGCAGCAGCAGCGCCGUCGCAGCGGCAGCGAUGCAGAGCGUCAUACAGCAGCCGGCGACGUCGAGCGUCAACUAUGAUCUCUCCUAUAUGCUGGAGCUAGGAGGCUUCCAGCAGCGCAAGGCGAAAAAGCCCCGCAAGCCGAAGCUCGAGAUGGGCGUGAAGCGACGAAGUCGCGAAGGAUCCACCACAUAUCUGUGGGAGUUCCUGCUCAAGCUGCUCCAGGAUCGUGAGUACUGUCCGCGUUUCAUCAAGUGGACGAACCGAGAGAAGGGCGUCUUCAAGCUCGUCGACUCCAAGGCGGUGUCACGUCUCUGGGGCAUGCACAAGAACAAGCCGGACAUGAACUACGAGACAAUGGGACGAGCUCUGAGAUAUUACUAUCAACGUGGCAUCCUCGCCAAGGUGGAUGGUCAGCGUUUGGUCUAUCAGUUUGUCGAUGUGCCCAAGGAUAUCGUCGAGAUCGAUUGCAAUGGCGUAUAGAGAAAUAGAGAGUAAGAGAGAUAGAGAGUGAGAGAGAGAUGGCAUGUAAAUAGACGUAAACCUUACGGAAUCGGUGGCAAUAGAAUGGGAGCUGAACCGGCUAGCGGCAAUAGUAGAAAUAUAAAAAACAGAGACAGAGAUAGAGAACGAAGAGAGAUAGCGAAGCAUCCAAACUAAGCAAAUAUAUAUAUAUAUACUAUAUAGAAAGAUAUAUACUAUGUGUAAGUAUAUAUAUAGAGAGAGAGAUUUAUUGGUACGCUACAUUGUAAUUGUUUCGAUAAAUGUGAGGAACGGUGUUUUUUGUACAUGUUGAGUUUUUCUAGGUCUAAGAUCACAGAUCACACACAGUUGUAUUCUAUAUAAAAACAAAACUUGCGGAAGAGUAUAAAUUACAUAGUUGCUAGGCGAAUAUUCAAAUACCCUACACAUGUGUAUGCAUAUUACAUCAUAGUUACAUAUAUGUACAUAUUCUAAACAUACACAACAACAACAACAAACAGAAAAAACUACAAAAAAAAAAUACGGAAAGAUAAGAGAUGAGUUUAGUAAUUAAUGAUCUAUUCAUUGGCUUUAGUGUUUUAAUUGUAACAUUUAACGUUUAACAUUUAAUUAUUAUUACAAUUGCAUAUUGUUAUUAUUAUUGAUUAUUAUUAUUAUUAUUGAUGAUCGAUCGACGCGUUCUUAUUGAUAUUUGAUAUGUGUGUAUGUGAAACAAGAAACCUUUAGCUACGAAUUACUGUAUACCUAGCCUAAUAUAUCUACUGAUAACCCUCAAUCCCACAAAACUUCCCCGACAAAAAACCAUAAACUUCCCCCUUAAAUCCAUUUCCCAUCAUCAGCCCAAAAGACAGCUGCUGAAUCAGAUCUCGGAAUUCCCAAAAUUCCAGAUCUCUUGUGGCUUGUCGCUUGGGCUCAUUGUUUUUGUUGCUUAUUUUAUAAAGAUGAGAAAUAUUUCUUAGUUUUAAUUAGGUUUAUGCUUAACAAUAGUUUAUUUAUUUAAGUGUUUCUUCUACACCCCCCUGCCCAAAAUCCUAACUGCAGCCCAAACAUAAAAAAAGAAAGAAAAAAAGUAGCUGCUGGUCUAAACUUUCUUUGUAAUUAUUAUCUCAUAAGUUUUGUAUAUUUAAAGAACAGAAAAACAGAAAACAAACAAACCACAACAAUCACAACAGCAGGCGCAUUAAUCGAAGCUGCACUGUAACACGACUUUCGGAUAAAGCAAAAAAUGUGAAGCAUUAAGUACAGUGGAGCUUCGCAUGAAUGACAGCUCUCACGCUAACAAAAACAAAUAUUCUAUAAUACUUUUAGAAGAGAUGGAAAAAUUAAUUUACUUUUGGUCUGAAGCUUAUGUCUGAAUCGAUUUUUGUAAACGCUUUUUCAUUUGUUGUUAACUACGUCACACUGCCACAACUCUACCAUCAAGUAAAGUAAUAGUUCCAAUACUACAACAACUAUACAACAACAAUAAUUCUCAAUGCAACACAGACACACACAUACUUGUUCACACACCAACAAUUUCCAAACACUGCCCAAAAUGUGCAAUCUCUUAACUGCAUAAACUAAACUAAAGUUAAAUUAAAUGAAAAUAAGAAAGAAACAAACAAACAAAACAACAAGAUGAAGAAAUGAUAAUGAAAGAAAAAAAAAAACAAACUCCUAGUUCUAUAUACUAUUCGAUAUUUCUU